AUGGUUGCUGCCCAAGAUCAUGGAACACCUGACGUUGGUCAUAUAUUUAUCGGCGAUAACACGAUACCUGCCAUUUUCCAUGCUCCUCUGCCGGAACCAAGUGAUGACAGCAACAUCUUGGAAUCGCGCUUCAAUCUGAUAAGUCUGUCUUUUGGUAGUUAUGUAGACGGAAUCGACUACGACCCAGGGAAUAGAUUGGUGUACUGGAACGAUUACUACUAUGAUCAAAUAUGUCGAAUUUCCAUUGAUGGAGAGAGUCCCCAAGAAACCGUUAUAACCACAGGCCAACCUACAUCCAUCGCUCUUGAUCUUCGGAAUGGAAAAAUCUACUGGGCUGGGUACAAUCAGGGUGGGGCUAUCUCAUCUGCCAAUCUAGACGGUAGCUCCGUUAAUCGAAUCUACACGUAUGACGCAACUGUGCAGCCUACUUUUACAUUGUUCGAUCCCUUCUCUGAGUACCUCUUCUGGACAACACGUGCUGGUGAAGCAGAAAUUGCGAAAGUACAUCUAAAUUCUGGUGACAAGGAGGUUGUAAAACCCAUUAAAGCAGAGCCAAUGGGACUAGAGCGAUGUGCGGAUGAUACCACCCGCCUGUUUUACUACACGAACUUCACUAGAUUGGGCGUAAUGAAUGCUGACGGGAGCGCGGAUCGGACAAUCGAGGUAUUCUCCACCCAAUAUUAUGGCUACUCACCGAUCAGCAAGCAUGGGAGCAAGUUAUUCUGGCUGGGAGUGAGUUUAGAAGAUGUAGGAGUAGGCAUAUACGAGUACGAUCUAAAGUUUUCUUCCUUCAGGCUCCUCAACAAGACAGUGACAAUGAAUGAUGGCAGCCAGCGUACCAUCUCCUAUCCAAGCACAAUAAGGAUUAUUUCAAAUGUUCUGUAUGACGAACCAGUUGCCAUAGAAGGAUGUCCUGAGAACAUCGAAGCUGAGAUUGACGACAACGCCACCAACACUGUCAACACAUUGCCAGUCCACUGGGCUGAACCUGUUUUAAACAGUUUGUCCAGCUGUCCCAGAAUGGACUUCCUAGGACCAGGAUCAAAUGGCGGGGAUUACCCUAUUGGCGCAACUCAGGUGUCUUACCAAGCCACAGAUGCUGCAGGAAACAGCGAUACAUGCACAUUUACAGUGACGGUUCGAAGAGCCUCUGUUAACAUCGAAACCACGGAAACCGCACCUACUAUUGGCACCCUCUUGUCAACUGAGAAAGUACAAGAAAGGAGCACCGAAAGUGCCUUGAUAACUAAUCAACCAACCUUAGAGGUUACAAGUAAUACGAAAAAUGAUUUGACGUCUUCGCCAACGACUACAACCAUGACAAACUUGUCACCAGCACUCGUGGAAACUGGUUCCCUUCCGUGUAUCAGUGCUGGAGUUGGCGAAGGCAUUGUCAUCAUUAUUCUAAUGGUGGUUGUUAUUGCGUUAAGUCUACACAUCCUCCAGCUACGAAAGACGAUGAACGAUUCAAACUGCGCCCAGCAGACGCAGCCUCGUGAUGCCGGUCAGUCCUCAAUGUCGACAGACAAAGAUACGGGCUCGAAUCAUGGUUUUGAGGACGUCAAGGAGGCAGGCUCAUCGCAAUCACCCGACGGCGAGGACUACAUGUAUCACCACCAAACUUGUGAUAUGUGCCAACCCGCAUAA